AUGUCUCGCCACCACCCCGACCUCGUCAUGUGCCGCAAGCAACCCGGCAUCUCUAUCGGCCGCCUGUGCGACAAGUGCGACGGCAAAUGCCCCGUGUGCGAUUCCUACGUGCGUCCCACGACCCUCGUGCGCAUCUGCGAUGAGUGCUCCUUUGGCAACUACCAGAACAAGUGCGUGGUGUGCGGUGGCGAGGGCAUCAGCGACGCAUUCUACUGCUUUGAAUGCACGCGCCUGGAAAAGGAUCGAGACGGGUGUCCGAAAAUUAUCAAUCUGGGAAGUUCGAGGACAGAUCUAUUCUAUCAAAAGAAGAGUUUUCGAAAUCAUUGA